AUGGCUCGGAACAAGCUUGAGUUUCCUCUUGAUUCUGAUGCCUAUGAGAUCAUCUGCAAGAUAGGCGUCGGUGUUAGUGCUUCCGUUUACAAAGCCAUAUGCAUUCCGAUGAACUCGACAGUAGUUGCCAUCAAAGCCAUCGACCUUGAUCAAUCUCGAGCUGACUUCGACAGUCUUCGCCGUGAAACCAAGACCAUGUCUCUGCUUUCUCACCCUAACAUCCUCAAUGCUUAUUGUUCCUUCACCGUUGAUCGUUGCCUUUGGGUGGUUAUGCCGUUCAUGUCUUGCGGCUCUCUUCACUCCAUCGUCUCUUCCUCUUUCCCCGACGGUUUACCUGAAAACUGCAUUUCCGUGUUCCUCAAGGAAACUCUGAAUGCGAUCUCGUAUCUUCACGAUCAAGGUCACUUGCACCGCGACAUCAAAGCCGGUAACAUUCUUGUUGACUCUGAUGGAUCAGUGAAGCUCGCUGAUUUUGGAGUAUCCGCAUCGAUCUACGAGCCAGUGACGUCCUCCUCCGGAACAACAUCGUCUUCUUUGAGGCUGACUGAUAUCGCGGGAACGCCGUAUUGGAUGGCUCCGGAGGUGGUUCACUCUCACACAGGGUACGGUUUCAAGGCGGAUAUUUGGUCGUUCGGGAUAACGGCGUUGGAGUUAGCUCACGGAAGACCUCCGUUGUCUCACUUGCCGCCGUUGAAGAGCUUGCUCAUGAAGAUCACCAAAAGGUUUCAUUUUGCUGAUUACGAGAUUUCCUCAAGUGGGUGUGGUAAAAAGGGUAAUAACAAGAAGUUCUCGAAAGCGUUUAGAGAGAUGGUUGGUUUGUGUUUAGAGCAAGAUCCUGCGAAAAGACCAUCUGCGGAGAAGUUGUUGAAGCAUCCGUUUUUCAAGAACUGCAAAGGAGUCGAGUUCGUGAUCAAGAACGUGUUGCAAGGCUUGUCGAACGCGGAACAGAUGUUUUUAGAGAGUCAUGUUUUGAUCAAGAGUGUUGGAGGUGAUGAAGAAGAGGAAGAAGAAGAUGAAGAGAUAGUGAAGAAGAGGAGAAUCAGUGGGUGGAAUUUCCGUGAAGAGGAUCUUCAACUUAGUCCGGUGUUUCCAACUACUGAAUCUGACACAUCUGAGUCUAGUCCACGUGAAGAAGAUCAAAUCCAAGAUAAACCGGAAGGGGAUAACAUCGGCUCUGAGCUCGGUUUAGGGUUUUUAAACCGAGAGAAUGCUAAUGAGGAAGCUAAGGAACAAGAAACUGAGGUUGUAGGGUUUGAUAGAGAUCUGAUGUUAGAGAAACUGAAACUGUUGAAGAAAAGCUUGGAGCAUCAAAGAGCGAGAGUGUCGAUUAUAAUUGAAGCGUUGAGUGGGGAGAAAGAAGAUAAGAGCAGAGAAGAAGAGCUUCUAGAGAUGGUUGAGAAGCUGAAGAUUGAGUUGGAAGCUGAGAAGAUGAACACCUUGCUUGCUGAGAAAGCAAGUGAUUUGAGUUAA